GUCGAUUUCGCGGGAACUUCUUUGGUGGGUGUGAAGCUGCUCUUGUCAAUGGCAGAACCAGGCUUUGACGACCCGGGCAUCUUCUUUAGUGAUCCUCUCGGCUCAGAACAACAUGAAGACAACGAAUCAGAGGACAGACGAUCAGCAUAUCAGCACCGUUUCGCAGAUUUCAUUCGUAACUUCGUAGACGAGCAACAUACAUUUAAAUACAGGGAACAGCUGAAGCGAAAUUACAACUUAGCGCGCUUUAGGCUUGACGUCGGUUUGCAGGAUGUGAGCGCAUUCGAUGAGGAUCUCGGUGAAAGAUUGAACAGGCAACCAGCGGAAUACUUACCACUGUUUGAAAAUUCUGCUCGUGAGGUUGCUGAUGAAAUCACGAGGCCUCGGCCUGUAGGUGAGGAGGAUGUUCAGGAUAUUCAAGUGAUGCUAAAAUCAGAUGCUUCCGUUCAGCAUGUGAGAGAGCUGAAGUCUGAUCACAUGGCUCAUCUUGUCAAAGUGUCCGGUAUCAUCAUCAGUGCAUCUGGAAUUCGUGCUAAAGCUACAAGAAUCACACUUCAGUGUCGCAGUUGCAGAAACUUUCUACCAAACAUUGCAAUCAAGCCGGGAUUGGAGGGAUAUGCAAUACCAAGGAGAUGCCCAAAUGAGACUGCUGGCCAACCAAAGUGCCCAGUUGAUUCAUUCUAUAUUGUUCCAGAUAAAUGCAAGUGUGUAGACUUUCAGGUACUAAAACUUCAAGAAAGUCCCGACUCUGUUCCUAACGGUGAGAUGCCUAGACACAUGCAACUGUAUGUGGACAGAUAUCUUGUGGAUCAAGUAGUGCCUGGCAAUCGUGUGACGGUCAUUGGUGUCUACUCCAUUCGGAGAGGAAUAAAAUCAUCACGAGGUCGUGAUCGAAUAUCUGUUGGAAUUCGUCGUCCAUAUCUUCGUGUCGUUGGAAUCUCUGUUGAGAGUGAAGGUUCAGGCAGAAGUAGUGAUGCUCCGGUUACUUCACAGGAGGAAGCUGAGUUUCGUAGCUUGACUGCUCAUCCAGACAUUUAUGAGACAAUUGCUGCAAGCAUAGCUCCUUCUAUUUAUGGAAGCAAAGAUAUCAAGAAGGCCAUUGCUGCGUUGUUGUUUGGUGGGUCUCGUAAGCGUCUUCCUGAUGGUCUCACACGACGUGGUGAUAUCAACAUGCUACUACUGGGAGAUCCAGGAACAGCUAAAAGUCAACUCUUGAAGUUUGUUGAAAAGGCAUCUCCAGUUGGUGUGUACACAUCUGGGAAAGGAAGCAGUGCAGCAGGGUUGACAGCAUCAGUGAUAAGAGAUGCAUCAACGAGAAAUUUUGUGAUGGAAGGUGGUGCGAUGGUGUUGGCAGAUGGGGGUGUGGUUUGCAUUGAUGAGUUUGACAAAAUGAGAGAAAACGAUCGCGUGGCUAUUCACGAGGCUAUGGAGCAGCAGACAAUAUCGAUUGCGAAGGCUGGAAUAACGACGACGUUGAACUCACGCUGUUCUGUUCUUGCUGCUGCUAACUCAGUGUUUGGACGUUGGGAUGAUACAAAGGGAGAAGCGAACGUCGACUUUAUGCCAACCAUUUUGUCUCGAUUCGAUAUGAUUUUCAUAGUCAAAGAUCAUCACGAUGAAGACAGGGAUAUGACUCUUGCUAAACAUGUGAUGCGGGUGCAUCUCAAUGCAGCGCAGACAGUUGAGAGUCAACCUGCAGGAGAAAUUGAUAUCAAUGUGCUCAAGAAGUUGAUUGCAUAUUGCAGAAGUAAAUGUGGACCUCGAUUGUCAGUUGAGGCUGCUGACAAACUGAAAAAUAGAUACGUGUUGAUGAGGAAUGGAGCUAAACAACAUGAAAGAGACACAGAGAAGAAGACGAUGAUACCAAUUACUGUCAGACAACUUGAGGCUGUCGUUCGUAUUGCUGAGUCACUUGCAAAGAUGUCUCUCAGUCCGUUUGCGACAGAAAGUCAUGUUGAUGAAGCAUUGAGGCUCUUCCAGGUGUCAACACUAGAAGCAGCAAUGUCUGGAACUCUUGCUGGUGCUGAGGGUUUUACUCGGGUUGAAGAUCAGGAAGAAAUUCGUCGGGUUGAGCGGCAGCUUAAGCAACGAUUUCCUAUUGGAUCUCAAGUUUCUGAACAAAGAAUUAUUCAGGACUUUCUCAAACAGAAAUAUUCUGAAAAAGCCAUCACAACAGUCAUUCACAUUAUGCUGAGGAGAGGAGAGCUGCAACAUCGUAUGCAGAGGAAAGUUCUCUUUCGAGUACGCUAGACCCUAGUACAUAAUAGAAGUAGAAGACAGACACUCAUAGAAGAGUCUUAGACGUCAAUGUCAUUUGCUGUUGUCACAUUGUGAAACGGUUUUGAAUUGUUUUUGAAUAUUGUCUGAGUUAACGAAGCAAUUUGCUAUUCACUAUGAAUGCGUCACAUGUCAGACAGUUGAUGGAUAAUAAGUCAAUGUAUGUGUGUGUCUUGCUUGUUGAGCUGUCACAUUUGACUGUGGAGAGAGAAGAAUUGU